UAUGCCAUACCGAACCUAUACUCUUGGAACAUCAUGGUCUCAGGUUAUCUUAAUGCCAACAGAGUAAGCGAAGCCAUUGAACUCUCCAAUUCAAUGCCUCCUAGGAACACCAUGUCUUGGACAACUAUGGUUACAGGUCUAGCACAAAACAAUGUGGCUAGACUUGCAAGGGAGUACUUUGAUCGCAUGCCAAAUAAAGAUGUAGUUGCUUGGAAUGCUAUGAUCACAUAUGUCGACGAGGGACUCGUGGCAGAAGCUAGUGAGCUUUUCUGUUUGAUGCGGGAAAGAAAUAUCGUCACUUGGAAUGUGAUGAUUGGUGGUUAUGCCAAAAGCGGAGCCAAAGAGGAAGCCUUAAAGCACCUAAUUUUCAUGCUUCAGUUUUGCUUUAAGCCUAAUGGAACAAUCAUGACUAGCGUAUUGAGCUCAAGUGAGGGGAUGAUGGAGCUCAUGCAAGCUCAUCUACUGGUCAUAUGUCAUGGUAACACAUUAGUUGCGAAUGUUCUUAUUGAUAUGUAUGCCAGAAAUGGAGAUGUUACCUCUGUUAGGCAUGUGUUUGAGCAUCUUGGGGAUAAUAAGGAUGCGGUAUCAUGGGCUGCAAUGAUAUUGGCAUUCUCAAACCAUGGAUAUGGUCACCAUGCAUUGCAGGUGUUUGUACAGAUGCUGAGAUCCGGAGCCAAGCCAGAUGGUAUUACUUUUGUUGGAGUCUUAUCUAUGUUGGAAAAAUUGGGUCUAAUAGCUAUAAUAAAUCACUUAGAAAAUCAAGAAAUAAUUCAUGCAAUUUUAUAUCACAAUAAUGCAUGCAUAUGAGUAGCCAAUGUUAAAUAAAUAUGAUAUAAUGGAUUAAAAAAACCUAGAAAAUAUGGUCGAGGCAAGUGUUGGACACUUUGUCCUUAAGACAAGUUUACGCCCCACUACGGUGCUCAUGGUUGAUCGAUGCAUGUCUCCCAAGAUACAACGACCACGUCCUUGUAAUAGUAGCACUCCAAAUCACAAGGUUCCAUGAACUACGAUUGUGUUGAAAACUCUCUCAUAUGGACUCAAUGAGACUCUCUAAUAUUUAGUGCACUCUAUGUAUGAUUAUGUAAACAAUGAAAAGUUUUCUUGUGAUUAUAGGGGGCUUCC